CGAGGCGAGGCGAGGCUAGCGGAGGAGAAGCAGCGGCCGGGGCCGGGGCCGGGCCACAAACGGCGGCGGCGGGACCAUGGAGGCGGCGGCGGCUGCUGCUCCGCGUCGCCGGCUGCUUCUCAUCGUGUUGGUGGCGGCGGCGGCGGCGACGCUGCUGCUACCGGGGACGAAGGCAUUACAGUGUUUCUGCCACCUCUGUACAAAAGAUAAUUUUACCUGUGAGACGGACGGCCUCUGUUUUGUCUCAGUCACAGAGACCACAGAUAAAGUUAUACACAACAGUAUGUGUAUAGCUGAAAUCGACCUAAUUCCUCGAGACAGGCCAUUUGUUUGUGCACCAUCUUUAAAAACAGGGGCUGUUACAACAACAUAUUGCUGCAAUCAGGACCACUGCAAUAAAAUAGAACUCCCAACCACAGGUCCUUUUGCAGAAAAGCAGUCCCCUGGCCUCGGUCCUGUGGAGCUGGCAGCGGUCAUUGCUGGUCCAGUCUGCUUCGUCUGCAUUGCACUUAUGCUGAUGGUCUAUAUCUGCCAUAAUCGCACUGUCAUUCACCAUCGCGUGCCAAAUGAAGAGGACCCAUCACUAGAUCGCCCUUUCAUUUCAGAGGGCACCACCUUAAAAGAUUUGAUUUAUGAUAUGACAACAUCAGGAUCUGGAUCAGGUUUGCCCCUACUUGUUCAGAGAACAAUCGCCAGGACCAUCGUGUUACAAGAAAGCAUUGGCAAAGGUCGGUUUGGAGAAGUUUGGCGAGGCAAGUGGCGGGGAGAAGAAGUUGCUGUGAAGAUAUUCUCUUCUAGGGAAGAACGUUCAUGGUUCCGAGAGGCAGAGAUUUAUCAGACUGUGAUGUUACGCCAUGAAAACAUCCUGGGAUUUAUAGCAGCAGACAACAAAGACAAUGGCACAUGGACUCAGCUCUGGCUGGUGUCGGAUUACCAUGAGCAUGGGUCCCUUUUUGAUUACUUGAAUAGAUACACUGUUACAGUGGAAGGGAUGAUCAAACUUGCUCUGUCUACGGCCAGUGGUCUUGCCCAUCUUCACAUGGAGAUUGUUGGUACCCAAGGAAAACCAGCUAUUGCUCACAGAGAUUUGAAAUCAAAGAAUAUCUUGGUGAAGAAGAAUGGAACCUGUUGUAUUGCAGACUUGGGACUGGCUGUGAGGCAUGAUUCUGCCACAGACACAAUUGAUAUUGCUCCAAACCAUAGAGUAGGCACUAAAAGGUACAUGGCUCCUGAAGUCCUAGACGAUUCCAUAAACAUGAAACACUUUGAAUCCUUCAAACGUGCUGACAUCUAUGCAAUGGGCUUAGUGUUCUGGGAAAUUGCUCGGCGCUGUUCCAUUGGCGGAAUUCAUGAAGACUAUCAGCUGCCUUAUUAUGAUCUUGUACCUUCUGAUCCAUCAGUGGAAGAAAUGAGAAAAGUAGUUUGUGAACAGAAGUUACGGCCAAAUAUUCCAAACAGAUGGCAGAGCUGUGAAGCCUUGAGAGUGAUGGCUAAAAUUAUGAGAGAAUGUUGGUAUGCCAAUGGAGCGGCUAGGCUGACAGCUUUGCGAAUUAAAAAAACAUUGUCACAGCUCAGCCAACAGGAAGGCAUCAAAAUGUGAUUGCAGCUUCGAGGGAACUAUACUCUCUUCAUAUCUGCUCCUGGGUGUGUUUGGGAGGCCAGUUGUUCUACCUCACUGAGAACGAACGGAGGACGCUGCUUCCUCGCGCUGCAGUGGAAUGUGGUUAAUGGAAAGCGUCCCAGGUUCCUCUGGGCCCAGAGGCAGCCACGGGGAUCCUUUGUGUGCACUAUGGAUGCUUCUUCCCAGGACAGUUACAGAAUGUUGUGUAGUCUACUUUUGUUUUUAUUAACAAAGCUUGUUUUUAGAGGAUGACUGCUGGCCCUUAGGGAGCUGCUGUGCUGAUGGUUGUCCAUGAGGUGAAGGAGCUGGAGUGUCUGUCAGCUUAGAUGAAGAAGCACUUGAUUUUCACUCCUGGUUAGUACAUUCUCAGAGGACUCUGAACCACUAGUUUCCUUGAUUCACUUUGAAUGUACUGUUUCAUAGUUUUUCAGGAUCUCAACCUAACACCUAAAACUCUGUAGUCUAAAAUGACCUCCUGUAGGCGUGAGGGGCACAGUUGAUGCGGUUGUAUUUACAUAUGGCUCCUGCUCCUUCACACUCGGAACACACCAUGCUUUCAAAGUGGGGUGUGCCACACCAGUAAGUGCCACUGUACGUCUUUCUAAAUAGAAAUGACACAACUGCUUCAAGUCUGUGUUAAGUCCUGUAUCAUUUUCAUUCAAAAAGUUUAUUUUUCUGAGUAACCUGAAUCUUUUCUGGGUUCGUUUUGUGUUUUGAGUUUUUGUGGUAGACGUCAUUCAGUAUUUAUGCCUUUCUCCUCCCCAAAUGUGCUUGAAGCACUGAGGCUGUGCAGCAGCGUCGGUAAGUAGUCAUGGUCACGUGGAGCUUGGGAGCUUUGCAGUUGAGAUGUGUUUUCUGAGUUUAUUUUAAAAGGUGGCACUUCAGAUACAUGCAGUGCUUCAUGGAUUUAAUCACUGUGGCAUACAGACCCAUUCUUCUGAAAGGAGAGGUUUGUCUAUUGCCUUGUGCAAAGUUGUGUGCUUUUCUGUAAGCCAUUUUUUCUUUAUCUGAUCAAAGAAUUUUUUUUCUUUUUUGAAAUGAAUUACAUUUAAAAUACAAAUGUGGUUAAUGUUAAAUAAUAGGCCUUUUCUAGGAAGGCAGAGAUAGUUAAUUUGAAUAUGCAACUUGACUUUCACAUGUUAUAGCUGUAAGUACUUGUGGAUCCUAUCUUGGGAAGGGUAGAGUUUGUGUAGUUCUGAGGUCGCUACACUUUGAGGAAGGCAGCUUUUGAUUAGUCUGUUAUCUCGUGUAGAUCUUGCACCUGGCGGCGCUGAGUUCAGUGCAAUUGAUACUGGGAGAAGUGACAGCUCAGCCAUUUCGAGUAGAAGUUCUCGUCAUAUAGUCUUGGCCAUAUGAAAUGUCCAAAGUCAGCCUGUUGGGUCUCCCACUGGUGCUGGAGUUAGCUGGCGUUUAUAUCAGUGCUGUCAAGUCUUUGCAGGGUUCAUAUGGCUUUCAAAGUCCUUUUUAUCACUGUGAUCAUAUUCUGAGAGGAAAAUGUUAUCAUUGCUUGAGGCAAGAUGUUGAACAUAGCGAUACCAAUUCCCAGAUAAAAAGGUCAAAAUAACCUCUAGUGUUUAGUCAAGAAGAGAUUGUGACUGUUGAUGCUGAAGCAGCUGCUUUCUGUUAAUAUCUUAUCUCAAACCUAGAGUAAAUUUGAAGACUAUUUGGUCUUAAACCAAAGUAACUGUAGGAUAAAUGACAUGUUACAUAGGCAUUAGUGUCAGUUUCAUGCAUUUAAAAACAUCAUGGGGAAAAGUGCUUAGAGUUUAGUAUUUUUGAAUACAAAUUUGAGUUUUUCUGUAAUUAUCAUGAUCAUCACUGUAAGUAACCAUGAGGAUUUGUUGUUACAGUUGUGGUAUCACCUGCUUAAUAAGCUCUAGUAUUAUGAUCAGGUACUUUUGGGGCCUUUGUUUUUUGUUCUUUCCAUUUCUAACCCUUUGAGGUCUGCUUUAUGGAAAUCCAGGGGACCAAUGCAUUUUAUCACUAAAACUAUUUUUAUAUAAUUUUAAGAACAUACCAAAAGUUGUCUGAGUUAAAGUUGUAAUACAGUUUCUCACCUUCAUACAAAAAAAUGAGUUUUUCUGAAGACGCUUCUCAUCACAUCAGAGGCUGAAGAAUCAUGUUGUUCUUGCCUAAGUGGAUAAAAUGUGCUAUUGAUGAAUCAGGGAACUUUUGUAAAGUUGGAAUUUUGUUCUCAAUUGAGUUUACAUGUUUAUAGCUGAUUUUUUUUGUCCAGGGAUACUUUGAUAAUCCCCAAGUGGCCAAUAUGAACAUGAAAAUAACUUAAAAGCUGAGAUAGGUCAUGGUUACUAUGUCUAUGACUACAGAUACAUCUGAUUAGAAAAAUACUUUUAUGUUAUUUUGUAAUAUAGUCUAUUGUUUAUAUUGCCUAUUAAAAAUACCCUCCCCCUUUCCAAGAUGUAGUUGGCUACAGCAUAUCUUCUAACAAGUGACACAUCAUCUUGUCAAUACCCUGGCAGAGAGAGCAUGAGGUAACUAUGUAUUACUGAGGUAUAGACAACUUGGGCCCCUUAUAUUUUCAACUAUGUUUCUCCUAGUCUGCCUUUCUGCUGACCUGUGGCCCAGAGACUUUUGUCCCCCACCCAACCUCCAGCCUUUGUAUGAAGAACUGCUUUUGAGACCUAAAAUGAAGUGGUUGGUGGAAGCUAUGUGACAUUUUUCUUUUCCUUCAGUCACUGGAUAUCACAGGGAGUGGUCUGCAAAUCCAGGGCCUGGGAUGCCCCUGCUGAUAAGUCUGCUUUGAUGUUAGCUCUGGGUAGAGAGUAGGGUGACAGCUAGGUGGCAGCAGGAGUUGCCUCAGAAACAGUGACCAGUUGUGUUCCUGGUAGAACAGUAAGGCCUGAGGAGCUGAGCCUGUAAUCCUUAUACUACAGUAGUACUCAAGAAGUGCCUUGAGGCCCAGUGUGGUGCCAUGGCCAUUAAGAAUUCCAGACUUUGGUUCUCACUACAGAUUUAAGUGGUCACUUGACUACUUUACAGUUCAUACACUUUUGACCCUUUUCCCAUUAUCAGAUACAUAAAACCAAUGACAAAGCACUAAUUAAUAUGCACACCAAAAUCUGCCCAGUAGACAUAGAAACGUUUGUGUUUUUACUCCAUGCACUGAAAGAAUGAUUGUAAAUCAUUCCUUGUUCUUUGGUCAUGGGAGUGUUCUGGCUCAACAUGUGGAGAUUCCAGAUGUUGUUCUGUUACAGUUGAGCAGAACAUGUCAGUGCGUUGAGACUCUGAAGAGUAGUUCCAGAUGGCAGUGCAGCUUCGUGUGUGGAUGUUGAAACUUCUGUGGGCUCUUUCUAGGAAAGCUGAGGGCUGUCAGCAUUAUUUUUCAAUCCUGUUAUGCACUCUCACUUGUAAACAUUUUUAAAAUGUGGUCAGUAGCAUUCAACCUUUUUCUUAAAACUUAAAGUGAAUUUGUUUUUUAUUUUUCAAUGAGAUUUGUAAGUUGAAUAUCAUGAACUGUGUUUUGAUAAUCCCUUUUUCACAUUGUGCCAAUGGAAUGGAGUAUUUGAUAUUUCUUUAUAUGUUAAGGAGAUGCUUCAAAAUGCUAUUUGCUUUAAACUUAAAUUACCUCUCAAGAGACCAAGGUACAUUUACCUCAUUGUGUAUAUAAUGUUUAAUAUUUGUCAGCAUCCUCCAGGUUUGCAGUUUUAUUUCUAUAAAGUGUAUUAUGUUGUUAAGUUACUCAGAUGGUACUGUAUUGUUUAUAUUUGUACCCCAAAUAACAUCAUCUAUAUUUUGUUUUCUGUAUUUUAUUGUAUUUGUGCAAAAAUCUUUUGACUGUCGGUAUGAUCUCUGCGCUUUCAGAUAUGUACAGAUGUCCAUAGAAAUUUUCAUUUAAGUUGAACGAUUCUGAGAAGCCUGUGAAGAAGAGAGAAAACCAUAAACUGCGUUUUCCCCAUAAGUUUUUAAAGUUGUACAUGGUAUGUGUAGUAAUAUUCCAGAUGAACUGUAAAUAGAAACUCGGGAGAUGCUUAAGUUUCGUCCUAACACUAAGUAGAAAACGGAAGCAAUGCAAAUAAACAACUUUUUCCCACCA